AUGCCUUCUCGAAGGCACAGUGAUUCGGCUGCCGCAGAAUUGACUGAGCACUGUGCGAGGGAGUUUGCUCAGGUCAUUAGACGCAUAGUUCCGGGAGUGUGCAGAGUCACGGUCAGCAGUGCUGAUCCGCAUUACGAGGAUGACAAGCAGCAGACCAACGACCACCCCUUGGCCAGACUUUGCUCUGACCUGUGCAAAGGUGUGAAGCCAGGUAUCUGUCGAAUCGCCAUCUUGUGGAAAAUCAUUCUGUACAAGACGGACGUUGUAUCAUUUGAUCCUGCCACCGAUUUCGAAGGCAAUAAUCGCGUAGAUCAUGUUCGAUAUAACAACGACGGUGAGGUCAACGAGGAUGGUAUUUACAGCGAAGGUGGGGAAGAUAUAGGCGCAUUUGACCACGAAGGCGCUUUGGAUUGCGACUGCUACUUCAACAGGCCUGUUGGAAAAAAAUUUACAAGGAGCUCUGUCUGUUGGGAACAUCACUCCAUAGUUGACAUGUUUUGA